AUGAUAAACGCACGUUUCAACCUCAUCUUAAAGAGGAACAACACCAAUAAGUCGAUCGAAAUACCUGAAAUGGCCACCAAAUUGAAUAUACCCGAGGAUUCACCCCUUUAUAACCCACAGUCUCGUCAGCAAUCUUUCAGGGAAACUACAAUAAUAAACAAUAGAAAAUUUAAAUGGCGUUACCAAGUCAUACCAUACCAAUCCAUGGCUCAAUUAGGAUUCUUUUUCCAUCCGUUUAAAGAUACUGAAACAAAUCAAAUUAGGAAAGAUGCUGUUGGCUGUAUAUUUUGUCAUUCUGUGUCGUUUGAUUUCUCUAAAUGUAGAUCUUCCAAAAAGAACCGUUUUCAAACUUUGAUCAACGUAUUAGAAAGGCACUUACAUCAAACCGGAAACAGGUGCUUGAAUGCUCAUAUACGAUUAAGAUUAAUACAACAUUAUCAGGAUAAGAGUCUUAUAGAUGACUCCGCUGGCUGGAUUCCCAAAGGAGAUACAUUUUUGAAUGAUCCGUUUAGUGUAGAAAUGUUGAAAUGGAGGUCUUCUUUAUUGUUAAGCGUCAAUUUCUCUAAGAUUAAAUGGUCCAAAGAAGAUAUGAUAUCUUCCGGCUUGGUUCCAUACGAUACCUCUCUCUCUGGCUUCAAAAUAUUGGAAGAUAUACCAGAGGAAAAGAAGAUGCAUAAUGAGACAUUUAUAUGUAUAUAUUGUCAGAGUGUGGUUGUAUAUGAUGAAUCCUUCUCAUCUCCUUCUCAAGAGCAUUAUAAAAUUUGCAAAUUUAAAGGAAAAACUUGCCAUUUCUUUCAAGAAACCAGUAAACCCUUGGAAUCAGUUGAAUUGAUACCAAAUGAGAAUGAAAAAGAACAGUCUACUUCUCCUAAAAGUACUCUUCGAUCAAUCGCACCGAUUGAACCUGAAGAAACAAAACUAGAAAGGCUCCCUUCAAGAACACCAUCACCAAUAAGAAAAAAGAGAAAGUUAGGAAAAGUCUCAACUAAGGUAGUAUCAUUGUCCGAAAAUGAGGAAUCUUCAAGCAUAAAUACUACAAGAAACUCAAAAACUGACAAGGUAUUGAAAAUUAAUUUUGAAGAUCAUGCUAUUAGACAAAGAGAAAAUGGACAGAGGAAAAAUCCGAUUCUUGACGAUAGUACUAAUGACGACAUUAGCUUCAGUAAUCAAGGCCAUAGUACAUUUGAUAUUCCUUUACCGACUUCCUCGAUACUUCCAUCAAGAGACUCACAGUCACCAUUAAAACUUACCUCACCAAUCCUUAAAAUUGAUAACAUUGACAAUGUACAAAUAAAAGUAUCUCCAUCCUCACAUGGUCAAAUAACCGAGGAUGAAAUAGCUCAUGAAAAAACAAACCACGACCCAAAACAUUAUACCCACGAGACUCAUGAAUUAGAACAAACUGAACUUGCUAAUAACUCUUCUGUACACCCCAUAACCUCAUUGCUUUCCUCUUCCGAUUCAUUGAUUUCACCAGCGGUAAUGGAGACUAAUAGGCAUGUUACACCAAAAUUACAUUAUGAAAGUAAUAGCGAAACUGAUGAUUCAUUUGUCCCAUCUUCUUCAUCCAGGAGCCGUCAUAGCCAGACAACAUUAGAGACAUCAUCAUCUUCGUCUUAUGAAUCGUCUUCUACUUCUUUAAGCCAUGCUGCAGAUCGUUCAGUGGAACAUUCAAAUCCAAAUUUAAUAGAUAAUAUUAUGGGAGCCUCUGACGAAGAGUCCAGCAAAAAUAGUAAUAUUGAAGAUUUUGAGAUCGAAAACCUUGGUAUUUCAAAUACUCCUUCAGUUCUGAAGCAGGACCCAAUUGCUCACAACGACAGCAUCGAAGAGAUAAUAAAAUACGAGGACAUUGAAUCCAAUACACAAGCUAAGGGAAAUGAGAGUACUUCUAAUUCAACUUCUUCAUCUACCUUAUCUACUCCUGUUGCUAGUCCCAAAAAAAGUCCUAAACCCCCAUCUGCCUUAACGACGUUAUUAUCAACUUUCCCACCAGAGGUGAAAGUCAAUAAACCAUCUCAAAACAACGAAAGUUCCAUAACGGUAAAAACAGAAGUGCCAUCGUCUUCCCACCCCUCGCUCCCAAAUUUACAACAAGCACACUCACCGGGGAUCAAUAAUGCCAGGCGACGUCUUAGGCAUUUCUAA